GAUCUUGAUUUGGAAGAAAAUAAUGGAUUUAAAAAUGAUUAUAGCAUUAAAUUUAUCAAAGAUAACUAUGAAUCGACUAUGCUAAAUUUAUGCUCAAUGAUGCAAUAUUUAGAUACAACUAGUAUUCAUGAAGUGUGGAGCGUCUCAACUAUUGAAGAAAAUAAAACACAUUAUGUAGUAUUAUAUGGGACUGCUAAUCACUUAUGCACUU